AUGUUCCUGUGCAACGCGACAACUGUGGCUCCAUUGGAUAUAUCGUGGAAGAAUCCAUGUUGGGAGGCGGAAACACCGAUGAUAAAAUGUGCCGACAUGUCACGGUCGAUAGACUCGUCAAGUUCCCGAAUGCUUCCAUCUCCGAUUACCAAUUUUGUGACGCCGUCUUCUUCCUUCUCCAGUCAUCAGAUGCAUGAUAUCUAUUCUCUGGCAGCGACUUAUCUUCAAGCCCCGCCACCUGCAUAUACUCCAACUACAACAUUCCAUCCACAUAGUGCAGCACAACUUCUCUCACUUCAUAAUAUGACAGCAGCUGUUCAGACUCCAGAAGACCCAGAUAUUGACGUCGUUGGUCUCACGGACACUACCAAUUUGGUUUCAUUAAAUGACGAAGAAGAGGAAGAGAAGCUGGAUCAAACAACAACAUCCGAAGAAUCAGAUCGUAUUAGCAUAGCAACAACAGAAGAAAGUCCUCUUGAUCUGACAUUCAAACCAGCAUCACUGGAUUCUCCAACCUCUUCAUCAUUUGUUCCAUUCAGACCAUCUGUGAUUAUUGAUCAUCACAUUCCGAAGUCUCAUACAUCAGUUCGUCGUUCGAUGUCAUCUGUCUCUUCAUCCGCUUCGUCGACCCAAGAAGAAGUUGCUGCUCAUUUCAGAAGAUCUUUAUCUGGGAAAUGGCCGAAAAAGUGUAAAGUGAACUCGGAUGAAUCUCGAAACUCUCCCCUGCGACGUCGUCCAUCAUUCAAUACUCACACUUCUGUGUCCUCACUUUCCGUUCAUUCGGUUUCUCCAACUCCUCCGAACCCACCAGUUCCUCAAACAAUAAUUGUCAAUAAUCGUUGUUCUGAUACAUCCCUCUCCGUGGCUGAUCAUUUUCGACGUGCUCUCUUCGGAAAAGGAAUUUUCGAUUUCCAGCGAAAAUCGGAUAAGUGA